CCUAGAACGGUUCUGCAGGGUGUGGUUUCGGUAUAUAAAUACACAAUGCCUUUGAUUUAAUUGUCACUGUGAAAUCCACCGCAAAUACAUCAACAUGUUUGUAAAACUGGCAGUAUUCGCUUGUUCAUUGGCUUUUGCCGCCGCCGCAUGGAAUGGACCACUCGCUGGUGGAGUUCCAGCCCAUCAAUUCCCAGCUGGUGUGAGCCCCGAAUCAUGCCCAAAUUUCCCCAACUGUAAUAAUCCAGCCGUUGCUGUACAAGCAAAUGCCGGAGCUCACGCCGGUGGAUGGAACGCAGGUAACAAUGGUGCAUGGAAUGGAGGAAACAAUGGCGCAUGGAAUGGUGGAAACAAUGGCGCAUGGAACGGCGGCCACAACGGAGGAUGGAACGGAGGUAAUAAUGGAGCAUGGAACGGCGGUAACAACGGGGCAUGGAACGGCGGCAACAACGGAGGAUGGAACGGAGGAAACGAAGGAGGAUAUACUCCCAAUAACGCUUUAGAUGCUGGAGAAUACACCGGAGAUGGAGAUUAUCGUGGAGAAGGUCUUCAAGAAGCUGGAGCAUACGGAGAUGUGAGCCAAGAUCAAAGCCAAUGGAACAAUAAUGAUGGAGGAUGGAACGGUGGACACAAUAAUGGCGGAUGGAACGGAGGAUGGAACAACGCCGCUCCAGCUUACAACCAAGGAGCUGGAGCUCAAGUUCCCGCUGGAGUCGAUGGUCACUCCUGCCCCAACUAUCCAUUCUGUCACUAAGUCAAGCCAGACGCCAGCUGACUAAACAUGUUGUCGCUUGCUGUGCGACCUUUAGACCUAUCAUCAAGCACAGCAUAUCUGUUGUGUUCAUAUGAUCUGUAAUAUAUGUAUUUAAAAAAAAUUUAAAAACAUCAAUAAAGACCAAAUAGAUUAAAUCUAUUUAUACAAAAAAAUUAGACAAAACAAAAUUUGUGGUGCUGUGUUUAUCCCUUAAUCUACCAUUUAUUAUAUAUAUACUCGCUAUUAUUUAAGACGCUCUACCUAUAAAUCCAAUAUGCACAAGAAGAGGUUCAAAUGCUUUUGUAAAAAAAUUAUAGCCAAUAAAUCUACUUUAAAAAGA